UUCCAGAGCAACAAAGUUGCAGUGAAAAGAGUUGCAAAGCAUAUUUCUCAAAAUGAGAAUAAAAUGGCACAUGUCCUAUGUUCAGAAACAUUCAAAGCAGAACAUCUUUUACAACCAAUUGCAGUGUUGGAAGAUAAUUACUUUGCUUAUUUUGUCUCCCCUCUCUGCAAAUACAGUCUGGCGGAGGUAAUUGAAAACAAGAACUUUCCUGACAGAGAAAGUUUGACUGAGGCUCAAAGACUGGGGAUCUGCCAGGAGCUACUGCAAGGACGACAAGAACUCCAUUCACGCGGGAUUUUGCACAGAGACCUGAAGCCCGAAAACAUUUUGUUUGAUAUCAGCAACAAAUUGUUUAUCGCAGAUUUUGGAGCAAGCAGGAAACUGGAUUUGGCACAAUCAGCUUUGCAGUCUCAAAUGGCUGGAUCUUUGUCUUGGUCAAGUUAUGAAGAUGUUUGAGGCAUGCAAUACAAAUACAAGAAAGAGUCAGAUAUCCAGACAACAGGGUGCCUGGUGCAUUACAUACUGACAGAUGGAGAGCACCCCUAUCAAGCAACUACACCCUACUCCAACGAUCCACUGGCGUUAUUUCAAAAUCUCAGAGCGGGCACCUUUACUCUUCAGUGCGAGGAAAGGCAUCAAGGUAUCAUUGGCAGAAUGCUGUGUAAAUCGACAGAAGCAUGCCCUACCAUUGAAGAAUGCCUUCAAGCCAUCACAAGUUUCACACACCAAGCUGAUCACAAUGGAGUCACAAACAACAGUAAUAACAAUGGAAAUAAAGACCAAACCCACAUAGCCAAUUGCUCUCCUCAAGCAUCAAAUGAGAUUGACACUCAACACAGUGCCAACAGUGAUCAGCCAGGGAGUGUCUGCAAUGUAGUGAUGGAUUCCUCUUCUCACAUUGAAGAUGAUACAGAAAUAGAACCACAGAUCUCCCUUUCCCUUGAUAUGUCAGAAGAAGAAGAGGAUAUUGAUGAUGAACCGGCAGAAGUAGAUGAUGAAGUAGCCAAGAAAGUCAUCACAAAAAAAGCAGUUAAGACUGGGAUGAAAACGGAUGAAAAUGUCCUUGAAUGCAGUUUGAAGGGUGUCAAAGUGAAAAUGUCCUCAAACACCCCACACAAACGUGUCUAUUACAAGAAAAAUUAUUGCCUCUAUUGUGAGAAGCCUUUCGGAAAAGUUACAAGACACCUGAUGCGAAAACAUCAAGAUGAAGUUGACAUUGCAAAGGCACUUGCACACAAGCAAGGAUCCACGAUGCGCAGUUUUCUUCUGAGCAAAAUAAGGAACAAGGGAAAGUACAUACAUAACUGUUCAGUCAAAUCCGCACGUCAAGGACAAAUGGUACCAAAAAGACAAACAACCUACUUGUUGUCAGCAACAGACUUUCUGCCAUGCUAUUUUUGUUUGGUUAUGCUCAUUGUGUACUGUUGCAGUCACACAACAACUGGCAGUGAACUCGGGGCCAGUGUUAGGGUUGAGGUUGGUGGGAUUUUAUUAGCGUGA